CUCUACAAAAACUAAUCAAAACAAAACAAUAUUGUACGGGCAGCCCACAGCUCGUUUACGUUCUGCUCAACUUGCUAUCAAGAAAUAGUACACAUUCCGCUGUUCCUGAUAAGCAAUAAAUAAAAUCUAAAUGGAGCAACAGGUAGACAACAUACUUGAUAAAGUCAUGGACGUACCAGGUAACAUUGGAUGUGUUCUAGCAAACAGUCAAGGACUGUGUCUGGGAGUGAAAGGCAAUGCUUCGGAACAAUCAGCCGGAAUAAUAGUGGCUAUAUCUGAUUUAGCAUCCAAACUAGAUCCUAGCAGCACUGCUCCGGUCAUUUCAUUAGAGUCCAACGACAAAAUAUGUAUGAUUCACAAGCAAGGGAUCACCGGUGCAAUUUACAAGCAGAAGGGAGCGUAGAUGUAAGCGUUAUCAGAAUGAAUAAAAAAUAAAUUUGUUUAAAAUAAA